CUCUCCUCACCAACAAUGGCUGCUGCCCUUUCCCCAAAACCAAUCCCACCAUGCCUCACACUUCCUCCCUCAACUCCCCCCCUCCAAUCCACCACCACCCUCUCCUUCUUCCCCCGAAAAGCGGCCCCACUCUUCAUACCCAAUGCCAAGAAGAAGAACCCCUGGCUUGACCCCUUCGACCAGGGCGACGACCCCGAGAUGGAGUACGGCCAGCUCUUCUCCGACGGCAAGCAGGACGAGGACCCCCGCCCUCCCGACAACCCCGGCAACCCCUACGGCUUCCUCAAGUUCCCCCAGGGCUACGCCGUCGAGGUCGCCUCCCUCGGCCUCAAGAUCAGGGGCGACGUCAGGCGAUGCUGCUGCGUCGUCUCUGGCGGCGUCUACGACAACCUCCUCUUCUUCCCCGCCAUCCAGAUGAUCAAGGACCGCUACCCCGGCGUCCAGGUCGACGUCGUCACGACUGCCAGGGGAAAACAGGUUUAUGAGAUCAACAAGAAUGUCAGGUUUGCUGAUGUGUACGACGUCGACGAUCCUUUUCCUGAGCCGGCCGACUAUACUGACAUGAUCGGCCAGCUUAAGAACAGGUACUAUGAUAUGAUCUUGUCGACUAAGCUGGCCGGGAUAGGCCACGGUGCAUUCUUGUUUAUGGCUAGUGCGAGGGACGUGGUUAGCUAUGUUUACCCUAACGUCAAUGCUGCCGGAGCAGGGCUCUUCUUGUCGGAGACAUUCACUCCCGCCACCACCAAUCUGGCUGACGGCGGUUACCACAUGUAUCGCGAGAUGAUAGAUUGGCUAGGGAGGCCGUUUCGUAGUGUUCCAAGGCAGGCGUUGCCUCCGCUGAAGGUGUCGAUUUCAAGGAAGGUGAAGGAGGUGGUCGAGGCCAAGUACACGAGCGCGGGGGCGGUCAAGGGGAGGUACAUCGUGAUCCAUGGCAUCAAAUCAGAUUCAAAGGCCUCAAUGCAGAGCAAGGGAGAUACUGAUAGCUUGCUGCCUAUUGAGAUAUGGGAUGACAUAGCUAGUGCCAUAAGUGGACUCACUCCAUUGUUCGUGAUCCCACACGAGAAAGAGCGGGAAAAUGUUGAAUAUGUUGUUGGAGAUGAUGCUAGUAUAGUGUUCAUUACCACCCCAGGGCAGCUCGCUGCUUUGAUUAAUGAUUCGGCGGGUGUGAUAUGCACCAACACAGCUGCUGUACAACUUGCAAAUGCGCGCGAAAAACCAAGUAUCGCAUUGUUUUGCUCGGAAGACAAGGCUAAGGUGUUCGUGCCCAACGCGGAAGAGAAGAAGUGCGCGGUUAUAUCGUCGAAGACAGGAAAACUUGUGGAUAUAGAUGUUGAAGCCGUUAAGAAUGCAGUUCAGAUUUUCAGCUUGCCUUUGGCUAUUGCAUAACUAAAUUCUAACAUGCCAAAUUCAUUUUCUUACAUUUAAGAAUCUGCAACAGCUGCUUUUAUCAAGAGUUCAUCAUAGAUAAUAUAUUAUAUAUGUAUAUUUCAAUUAUCAAAUAAAAGAUAACUUUCUUGCCUUUGA